UUGAUCUGCGGUGCAGCGAAUGAUCGUCGUGACAGGGGCCCUGGCUGGUAUAAUUGGCUGCUAAUUCAACGACCCCAAGGGUUCUCCAGACCCCAAAACGAAGAUCUUCCAUAAUGGUCCGAGGGACAAAUGGAAAACAUACGAUUGGUUUCGCACGUUUUAUAACAGAACCACCAUCGCACGAUUUGACUUCGCGACGCCAGGCAAGAGCUCCCUUGCGCUGCCACGCAUGGACAUCAAGCACAACUGGCUUACAACCGUAGAGGCUUCGUAAUGAUUGAUAGCCAGGUCAAUGGGAAGCAUAAGAGGGGCCGGAUAUCCGUCCGAGUUCCGAGCAUCUGGACCGCUCUGAAGACAUCUCAACCCUUCGAAUCACCGCCCGCGGACAUCCCAUCGCCUCAAUUAAAACGGUCCUCGACCUUCAAAAUCCCCCUCAAGGUUAACACCGACCCCUCCCUCUCGACCUUUAACAACCGGUCUCGGGCCUCGUCGCUCGAACAGUCUCCCCCGGAGAAGCGCCACGCGUACAAGUCGUCCCUCGGAAGCAUACCGUCGGCCACGAAGCCCCCGGAGAACCCCCAGCCGCGCGUCGAUCCUCCCCGUCCAACCCGGCAAUCAUCCUCGGACCAGUUCUCAGCGGCGACGAAGGAGCCUCUCACAUACACUCCCGUCAACGAGGAGUCGCCAACAGCAUCCACCCCGCCCCGGCCUCUGCAGGACAGACCAAGCCCCGAUUCCACCAUGUCUUCCCAACCAACAAAAGUCGAUACUCAGGCCUAUGCGGCCCCACCGAAUGCGAACUCGGCGACAACCCGGGUCAACCUCCCCGGCCUCCCCGGCCCCAACAUCCCACUGCCCAACAUAUCGGGGCAGGCGAACGGCGUAAUCGGAAACCUACUCAAGGGACCCGUCACCGCCGAUGGCAAGCUAAAGGAAGCGGCUCUGAUGGUAGGAAUCAAGCUUGAUCUCGAGGCUGAGGUGCACAUCACGGCGCGGGUUAGGGGUGAUAUAUUGGUGGGGCUGUACUGAGGGGUCGGCCGGGGAAAUUGGGUUGAGAUGUUUAUAGAAGUUGGAAGAAUGUUAUUCUGAUCCUGGUGAUCUUGGCUUGACUCGGUUGUCGUUUCCUCUGCUCUCUGCGUUGAUCUGGCCUUACUCCUCUAACCAUCGUCCCGAGACAGUGAGAGAGGGAAACGCGUGGGCGGCAGGAAUUAGCAAUGGAGGUCUUGGUUUACCAAAUCCCGCCAGGACCAUUGGUGAGUUUCUUCACAUCCAGAGGGGAGAGGUCACACCUUCUAGAGGGGUACAGGGGUGUGGUUCGAAACGACUGGCAAAAG